CGCGCUCCGAUAGUCGAGCCUCAAACUCCCGACGGGAAGAGUGAAGUAUUUUAAACAGAUAUCAUUGAACCAUGGAGCAUCUGGCCGUUGACGAAGUAAACUUCUACCCCCAAGAGAACGCAAAGCAACAUAAUACAGACAAGUAUGAACUGGUGAAUGCUGAGGACCCAGCGGUCAUCGUGAGACGGGGACAGCUGUUCAAAGGCCACAUCCAAUUCAACAGGGCUUACGAUGAGCAGUCGGACGUUGUACAGCUAGUCUUCACAUUAGGCGACUCAAACACGAGGGAAACUAAGGGAUUCAUGUUAUUGAAACGCGAGGCCGUCGCCGAAAAGCAUACGUGGAGCGCAAAGCUCACCGAUGUGCGAGAGAACACGGUGUAUUUCGAAGUUUCGACGCCAGUGGAUUUGCCAGUAGGGUGCUGGGCGCUAAGCGUGGUCACGCGCAAGGGCAUGUGCGGGAGGAAUACCUAUAUCUACGAUCGGGAGUUGUUCAUCCUCUUCAACCCAUGGAACCCUGAUGACCAAACCUACAUGGAAGACAGUGCUUUGCUCCAAGAGUAUGUCCUCAACGACGUUGGCAAGGUGUGGAUGGGCCCCAUUCGGACCGAGCGUGGGAAGCCGUGGGUCUUCGGCCAAUUUGAUACUGACGUGUUUCGAGCCGUCAUGUUCAUGCUUGAGCGUUCGAAGAUGCCGCUGGGACAACGCGGCGACCCUAUCCGUCUUUGCCGCAUUAUCUCCAAAAUGGUUAACGCCAACGACAGAGAUGGCGGGGUACUAGCCGGCAACUGGAGUGGGGAUUAUGAAGGAGGCACAGCACCUUACGAUUGGACGGGCUCCGUGGAUAUCAUGCAGGAAUAUCUCCAGACGAAGCGGAGUGUGGCGUAUGGGCAGUGUUGGGUGUUUGCUUGCGUUACUACUACGGUGUGUCGUGCCCUCGGUAUCCCCUCCCGCGUAGUCACCAAUGUAGUGUCUGCCCACGAUACGGACUGCACUCUGUCGAUAGACAAGUACUACAACGAGGCCAUGGAUGACACCACAGGAUCAGAUUCCAUAUGGAACUUCCACGUGUGGAAUGAUGCGUGGAUGGCAAGGCCUGAUCUUCCAUCGGGUUAUGGCGGCUGGCAGGCAAUCGACGCGACUCCGCAGGAAAGGUCAGAAGGCAGGUUCCAAUGCGGACCAGCGUCUCUCGAGGCCAUCAAGAAGGGAGACUUGGGACUGAACUACGAUGUAGCUUUCGUGCUGGCAUCGGUCAACGCCGACGUGCUACGCUGGCGAAUAGACCCGGAUUCGGAGCUGGGGCAUUCGGUGGUUGAAACUGAAAAGGAUUACGUCGGGCAAAUGGUGCUCACGAAGAAGCCCCUAGUCUUUGACCCUCAGGGAGACGAGGAUUGCGAAGACAUCACUGAUCAGUACAAGUAUUCCGAGGGUUCCACUGCAGAGCGGGUGGCGCUUAUGAAUGGUGUAUGCCACUCUGAGAGGGCUAAGAGAUAUUAUGAGUUAGCGAGUAAAGUGAAAAGUGACGUGUCGUUCAAGUUGCGUGACAUCGACGCUGUGGCUAUCGGAAACGACUUCCGCAUCGUUGUGGAUAUUGACAACAAGUCUGAUGAGCCGCGAAACAUCAAGGCUGUGCUGACUGCGACCAGCGUGUUCUACAACGGAGUGCGAGCGGAACAGGUGAAGACAGUGCAAGGAAAGAUAUUUGUUGGACCUAAGAAACACGAAGAAAUCGUCAUCGACGUAACAGCAGACGAUUACCUUCCCAAGCUAAUUGAAUACUGCAAUGUGAAGAUAUCCGCCAUGGCAUUAGUCGAUGAGACGAAACAGUGCUGGGCGGACGACGACGAUUUCCGAGUUAUGAAACCCACCAUUAACAUCAAGUUCAACGACAAUCUAGUAAAGAACCAGCCAGUAGAAGCCUUCCUUUCUUUCCUGAACCCACUGGACCGGUCAUUAUCCGGCUGUGAGUUCCGCGUCACCUCGCUCGGACUAGCCGGACGGACAGUAAAGGUUCCGGCCGAUGAUACUCCGGCUAAGAAGAGAAUUGUUGCUAGCCUCAUGGUCACACCUAAUACACUUGGCCAGGUCCACAUAGUGGCAACAUUUACGUCGAACGAGCUCAAGGAAAUCACCGGCGCCGCUACUGCUGACGUUACCAGUUAGAACUAUAACUUAAUAUUUUCAAUAAAGAAAAUUCUCAAUAGUUAUUU